CAUUCAAAGAAAUUUUUUGUCUUAUUCAUCAAACUAUUCUUUCAAGUUGCCAAAUGUCGUCUCGCAAAUCUGGGCCAUAUUCAGACAACACUUCCAUGGAUGAUGAUCCAUUAACGGACGACGAUUCAAAAAAGAAUGAGGACAGAAUUCGUCAACUUGAGAGAGCAAAUCGUGAAUAUGAAAGUACAGUUCAGGAUUAUCUUAGGCAAAUUAUUACUUUGCAAAAUUCUUUGAAGAAGUCUCAUGGCCAGGAAUGUGCUGAAUUGAUUAAAGAAAAGUGUCAGGAAGUUGAAGAGUUGUUGAAGAACAAAAAAAGUUUGGAAGAAGAUGUGGAGCACUGCACUACAGAUUAUAAUCAAGUUAUGGCUACUUUUGCGGAAAACAAACGUGAUGCUGACAAACGUGAGGCUAAACAGGCGGAGACGAUUAAACAGCUUUUAUCGAAGAUUGAACAGAAGGAUCGAGAAAUUGAAAAGCUUCGCAAAUUGAUUCCGUAUGAAGGUUAUUGUCAGCCAACCGGUGCUUUCUUACAGCAGAAUAUGACGUUUGAAUUUUUUCUAUUUUUAAGGGUUUCUAGAAGUCCGGGGAUUUAG